CUGCUGGCGGCGGAGGAGCCGCCGCCAUUUUGGUGCCGCCGCCUCAGGCCUGAGGAGAACGAGACCGGACCGGGGGGGGGGGGCAGCGGCCGCCGCCGGUCACGAUCGGUCCCGGUGCUGCAGCCGCCGCUGAGGGAUGGAGGCCGGAGCGCGGCCGGGCGGCGGCGCCGCGCAGGGGCAGUCCCGGGAGUACAAACUGGUGAUGCUGGGAGCCGGCGGUGUGGGCAAGAGCGCCAUGACCAUGCAGUUCAUCAGCCACCGCUUCCCGGAGGACCACGACCCCACGAUCGAGGAUGCUUACAAAAUACGGAUCCGCAUUGAUGAUGAGCCUGCCAAUCUGGAUAUCCUGGACACAGCAGGACAGGCAGAGUUCACGGCCAUGAGGGACCAGUACAUGAGGGCCGGGGAGGGCUUCAUCAUCUGCUACUCCAUCACGGACCGGCGCAGCUUCCACGAGGUGCGCGAGUUCAAGCAGCUCAUCUACCGCGUGCGCCGCACGGAUGACACCCCCGUGGUGCUGGUGGGGAACAAAUCCGACCUCACGCAGCUGCGGCAGGUCUCCAAAGAAGAAGGCUCCUCUUUAGCUCGGGAGUUCAACUGCCCCUUCUUUGAGACGUCGGCUGCGUUCCGUUACUACAUCGACGACGUGUUCCAUGCCCUGGUGCGGGAGAUCCGCAGGAAGGAGAAGGAAGCAGUGAUGGCCAUGGAGAAGAAAUCCAAACCCAAAAGCAGCGUGUGGAAAAGGCUCAAGUCGCCCUUCCGAAGGAAGAAGGAUUCAGUCACUUGAACACAGAAUUCCUCUGCCCAUAGAACAAAACCUGGGAACAGCCGUUUGUAACCAAAGCAGUUUAGUGACGACGUUUUGGUGGUGUCUUAAACCUGACUGGACUUCUGAGAGGGAAGACCUGACUUUUACCAGUCCUUGCUUAGAAUGAUGCCCCCUUCAUUUUGGAUAUUCCACUUCAGAGCAGUAACAGUUGUCCCGUUGUUUGUUGUCGGGUUUGCACUGGAUCCAGCCAUUGUUGCCUGUAGGCUGCUUACAGAUGCUGCAGGUUUGUGGCCCUGCACUUUGGAACGUGUUGGUCGUGGCCAGCAGCCCUGGCUGCUGUGGGUACCACUGACAGGAGCUGUGCUGGAGCUCUGCUCUUCUCGUGUCACAGAUUUCCUGCCAGCACCAGUGGGGAAGUGAUGAGUUCACAGCAGAGGUGGAGGUGGGAUCCAAACCGAGCCACAAGCAGCAAAUCCUGGUUCCUAUGGCAGCUGUAACUUGGCAACAGGCAUGGAGAUGGAGCAGUUUCCUACUGUCCCCAGCACUUACUGGGUGCCCCAGCAUGUGCUGUGUCACGAGGCUGCAGGAACCACAGCUUUGGGGUCUCUGACUUGCUUGUUGAAAGCCAUAGCAGUGAGGGGGGGCUGCUUAUUUAUUUCCACUUUGCUUUAUGUUCCUGUCCUAAAGGACCCAGGAGCUUUGGGAAGGAGAAGCCUCUAACAGCAAUUCCAGAUUAUUUCCUGGGAUAACUCCUUUGUAGACAAAAAUGGCUGAUCCAGAGGAAUCUGGGCCUAGAAUUAACACCCCUAACGCUGGUAAGAUGCUUCCAGUGCAGUCUUAAAAGUGGAAUUGCUGCUGCAGUGGAAGGAAGGGAUCAGCUGAGUGCAAUGACAGUCCCUAAAGGGUCACAUCCUGACCGUGCAGGUGGCACAGGGACAGGUUUUCUUAUGCUCAGUAAAGAACGGUGCUGCUGGCACCCUCUGUACAUAGACUUUGGAGCUGACUGACACCCACAUCAUCUGCAGAGUUAAAUCCAGCAGAGCCCCAAUGUCUGGUGUUGGGUUUAAUGACAGCAUCAACCAUAGGUGGGUAACUCAGCCGUGGCUGAACCAGGUUUCCUGGAGCACAAAGUGCCUGGAAUCUUUCUGUUGCAGAGGGAAAGAGCUCUGUAGGCUGAGUGCAGGAGAGCUCCCAUUCCCUGCUCCUCUGUGCCAGUCGCUGUUAAUCUUGUUCCGAAGCCAACUCCAACGUCGGUCUGAGUGUGCUGCCUGCGAGGGUGCAGUCAAAACUGAAACCUCCUGUGUAACAGGAUUAGUGCAAGGAACAAGGAGAGCAAAUGCAUGAACUUGAGCUGCUUUUCUGGCUGAAGUCCUUAUUGCCUGAGGUGUGACUGGGAAUUCUGGGCCUGUUCUCGGCGUGGGAUUGCAACCCAAGACCAGAUGCAGGCAGGAAGACGUUUGGAGGAGGCUGCAUGGUUCUGAGCUGAACAGUUCCAUUGGUUCUCAUUUCUCUGCUCCAGUGGCCUCACUGCUCCCAGUCCCACGUUUGGAAGGGCUGGGGAUAAUUCCCAGUGGGGAGAGCUUGGGCUUUAAGCCCUGUUGUGUACUUGAGUGCAUCCUCAGUGGUCGCUGCUGUAGGAUUGAGAUCCCUCCCCUGGAGGGGUUAAAGGCUCUUUGUAACAGCCCUGGCUUCUGGGAGGAGGCAACAGCAAAGUGGCUGCUUCUGCCAUGGGAGAGGCAGAGCAGGGCCUGGUGCUGCUGCCAAGUUCUCCCUCUGCUCUCCUCGAUAACAGAGUGUGGCUCAGCCCCUGCAGUCAGGAUCAGGCCCUGCACCUCCAGGGAAGCCGUGAGCAGGCCUGGAAGCUCUUGGGGCCUGUUUCCACCGUGCAGGAGCGGAGCUCUGUGCCUUCUGGGAUGCCUUCAAUGCAAUGGGAGUGUUUGUGGAUGCUGGCGUGAGGCUGCUGCGCUGGGGUUUGCUGCAGUGGGACUCAAAAGGGGUUUAUUUUUGUUUGACACCUCUGAAUUUGUACAUGGAAUUCCUGGUUUAUUUGACACAAUAUAGCAAUUGGAAUACCCAGAA